CUUUAGAGUGAGUUGGCACGUAUACCGGAAGCAGAUUAAUGUGAAGUAUAAUUAAUUUAGUGCUUUCUACGAACAAUUUUGUUUUUCCUUCAGAUUCUGGUAAAGUUAGACUGAUUGUUGCUGAUAUCUCAUAGAAUUGCAGGUUGCAGCAAUGAGUCUUCAGUGGACUGCCGUGGCUACAUUUCUGUAUGCAGAAGUGUUUGCAAUACUUUUGCUAUGUGUCCCAUUUAUCUCCCCAAAACGAUGGAGCAAAUUUUUCAAAUCUCGCCUGGUCACUGUCAUCACGACGUAUGGAAACACUGCCUUCAUCGUGAUCAUAUGUAUCCUUGUCUUUCUGCUCAUAGAUGCAUUUAGAGAAGUGAGAAAGUACAGUGUGACAGAAAAAGUGGAUCUGAGCAACAACCCUGUGGCCAUCGAGCACAUCCACAUGAAGCUGUUCAGAGCACAGAGGAACGAGUACAUCGCUGGCUUCGCUUUGCUCCUGUGUUUGCUGUUAAGGCGCCUGGCCACUCUACUGUCCAAGCAGGCAUCACUGAUGGCCUCUAAUGAAGCCUUUAAGAAGCAGGCAGAGGGAGCAAAUGAUGCUGCGAAGAAGUACAUGGACGAAAAUGAGAAACUGCAAGAGAAACUGCGGCAAGUGGGCGUGGAAGUGCCUGAAGAGGGCGGGAAGGCAAAGGGUGUUGUGGAGGAGAAGAGAGAUCUGAUGGAAGAGGUCAGACAAUUGAAGGAUGAUCUUGAAGCAACUAAGAAAGCUCUUCAGAAGUCAGACAGUGAUGUGAAGGCCAUGAAGAAGCAGGCAGAGAACCUCACAACAGAGUACGACCGUCUACUGGAGGAACACGGCAAAUUGCAGACCAAAUGUGAUGCUCAGCAGGAUAAGAAAUCUGACUGAAAGAAGACUACAAUUCACGCUCUCUUUCCUGCAUCCUCAUUGGCUGGCAGCAGCUCGACUGGGUUGUGCAUCACUCCUCUGGCGUCCGAGUGUAAGAACAAGGUUCCACUCCGCAUAAAUGUGUUUAAUACAUGAUUUAAAAAAACACCUGUUUUUGUUAUGCACUGUCAAAUGUGUCUUUCUAUUUUUGCUGUGAAUUACUGGUGUUCAAUGUUUAUUUCUGGAGUUUUGGUCAUAAAGACAGCAUAAAACCUGUUGGAGUUGAUUAUUGAAUGUUCACUGACACGAGUACUACAUUAAAGAUUAUCUUGACAUGUCGAUGUGUUUGUACGGUUUAUACAUUGGGCCUCAUUUAUGAAACACAAUACAUUUCUGUGUAACCCAUUCAUAAAGUUAUUUUUGUGUAAAUUUAAUGUGCAUUUAUAGGUGCACUCAGUAAGUUUUUCUUCAAUAAAAAACCCAAAGAAAGAAAC